AUGGCAUCAGUAUCGGAAUCCGGAUUAAGCACACCCCAACCCCCGUCUGUUGGGCAUGAAACCUCACAGAGCUCCCACCAAAUUGAGGUGGAUGAAUUUGAUGAUGACAACUCUGAGUUUGAAAGUGAAUGGUCUGAUAUCACCUCUGUGUCAUCCAGUAUCCUCGAAUAUGAAUAUGAGAAUGGGCGUCGAUAUCACAGUAACAGCUUGGGUAACUACAUGAUGCCAAAUGAUGAAGAGGAACAAGACCGAAUGGACUUGGCACAUCAUAUAUGGCUCAUGUUAAUGAGAGGAGAGCUGUACAAAGCCCCGAUCCAGGAUCCUCGCAAGAUCUUAGAUCUUGGAACUGGGACAGGCAUCUGGGCUUUGGAUAUUGCAGAGAAGUUUCCUCAAGCACGCGUUAUUGGAAACGAUAUAAGUCCCAUUCAGCCAAGUUGGACUUUACCGAAUAUUGAAUUUAUCGUGGAAAACUUCGAAGAUGAAUGGCUUUACCAGCCUGAUAGUUUUGAUUUCAUCCACGCACGACUUCUAGCAGGAUCCGUCGCAAACUGGCCCGAAUUUAUUAAACAAAUUUAUAAACAUGUCAAACCGGGUGGCUACUUCGAAAUUCAAGAGAGUGCCGUAUGGGCCUGGAGUGAUGAUGGCUCAUUAACAGCGGAUUCACCACUCUUUCAAUAUGUGCAAGCCCUCGAUAGUGCAGGACGUGCAACGGGCCGCGAACUCAACAUUUAUUAUAUGUUAAAGCAGUGGCUUAAUGAAGCCGGGUUUGAAGACGUCACACAGUUCACCUAUCUUCUUCCUUAUUCGCCCUGGCCUCGGGACCCGUAUCUCAAGGAAAUCGGCAAAUACCAAGCAAUCCAAGUCAACCAGGCUAUUGAAGCAUAUGGGUUGAGGUUAUGUACUCAGGUAUUGGGAUGGGGUGAAGAUCCGUCCCGAAUCUUCCAGGCUAUGGUCAAGAAGCAGCUUCGAGAUAAGAAUUUACAUUCCUAUGUGAAAGAGGUCGUUGUUUAUGGAAGAAAACCAUUCAACCGUGAAACUAGAAGUUAG